AUGAGUGAUUCGGAAUAUGAAGAAGAGGAAUUUUUAGUAUUUGCUGAUUUUAAAAAUCAGAUAUUUCCUGAACAACUCUCUGAUGAAAAUUCGGCUAUUAAAAUAAUUGGUGUUGAAAGUAAAAAUCCAGUGGCUGAAAUUAAUGGUAACAUUUUUAAAGGUACAUACGAUUAUGCCAUGGGAACCGAUGUAUUUUUUGAAAAAGAUGCUGAUGCUCCACUGCCAGAUCCACUUUAUGAGCAAAGUUGCCGACAAAAAUUUAAAGUAAUUGGCAAAACCAACAAAGUCAUAAAUUUCCAACGUAUAUAUGUUGAGAAUAUAUCAGAGAAAAAAGAAAGUGUCGAAGAUCCAGAAGGAGAAACAUCAAUGGAUACUCCGACUGAAGAUAAUUUAAGAUUAAAUGUUACCUAUGAAGAGGCAAUUAAGCAAUUUCCUAAUGUCAAUGAUCCCCAGUGGAAAGAAAAGGAUCUGUUUUAAAUUAAAACAAUUAUUUAUAAGUACAUACUAAUAGCUAAAUAUAAAAUUAACUUAAAAUUAAAA